AUGGCGCGCAUUCCGAUGACGCGGUCCGGCUUGGAUUUAAGAGAAAUUUGUUUUGAACUUGAACGAUGCGAUAUUUAUGGUAAUUCAUCUAUUUUUGCAUGUCUAUUUUCAUCUUGAAGAUACUUCGUUUUCGGAUUAUGAGAAGCAUGAGGAACUUCAUGAAAGAAAGCUGGAUUCAGAACUCAAGUUAGCCUCUUCUUGCCGACCCUUUCUUAAAUAUCGAAUGGACAAACCUAAUCCAUACUCACGUGGGUUUUAAUCUUUUUUAUUACAAAUGGGUAACUUGCUCUUUUAUCAUAACCAGAAAAAGCUAAACAAUCAACAACGAAUCAUCUUAAUUUUGCAAGGACACGUCGACAUUAGUUAUUGUAUAGACUUUGAAUACAUUGGGAAACACCUAUUUUCUGAGACUUUUAUUCAUUUGAUCAGCAGCAAGGUCUGUUUACAGAGUGCACUCGACAACACAUUUCGAAUCUUCAGUUUUUUAAAGGAGAUGGAAGUCAAUUUGGAAACCUCAAAGUUUCUCAUGCGUUUGACAACAAUAAUGUGGUUUGAAAGCUUUUUAAUUUUUUUCUGAAUUUAAAUUUUGUUCUAGGUUAAGAAAAAAACACAUUUUUUUCAAAAAGAAUUUCGUUCGCAAAGAUUCGAGAAUCAUUUGAGGUCGUUACCGGUACAUUGUAAUUGUUUUUCCUCAUUAUUUCGGAUGCUUCCUAGUGCCCUGCAAGCAACGUCACCAGUCAGUUCAUAGAAGGGGCCAGGAACGAAUUGAAAAGCAGAAGACGUUGUUUUUCGGCUUGCUCGGUGGACAUUGUGAAGUGGGAAGAUCUGUCGGACUCAGUUAACGUAUCUUUAAACGAUCAAGUUAUUUAUUAUUAGACAGGUUUUCUUACAUCUAAUAAUGUUGCAGAGUUCCUACAAUGAAGAAGACAUUGUUGUUCAUUUUCCGUUGCCAGUACUUAGUCAUUGGCGACUGACUCGAAGAGAGAUUCUUUUUGCCUUCCAACAGAGCUGUUGGUUCGCCUCUCACAACGUAUCUUAUGCUUUUUCAUUGGUUUCCAAGCGGUUAUUCAGCAUCGUUUAAGGAUUUUCAUACCGAAAGUGUGGGAUGGACGCCCAUCUCAGAAGUUUUAAUUGAAAUCGAUUCUUGGUUUUUUGGCUUGACUAGAUCGUUUGGACCGGAAGAGUUCUCUUCUAAUUUUCAGGAGUGGUUCGUUUUUUUUAUUUAUUUUCAAUCUUUGAAAAAAACGUUAGUUAUUUUGAAUGAAUGUAGUAAAUUACGCAUUGAUAUACGUUUGUUGAGGAUAAUUUUUAUCAGAAUGGUUUCGUGUCUUGAAAUUCUGAAAGUCUUCAAAAACGCGACAAAAAAAGAAGAUAAAGACGAAAAAUGAUCUUUAGCUUAAUUUAGUCAUUUAUUGGUGUACGUUCCAGUUUCCGUCCUUCUCUCAAUGUGAAAGUUGAAGUUUUACCUAUCGUAUUUACUGAGUAGGUUGAAAACGAACGAGAAUUGGUGGAACACAGAGGGCGACCGACAGGAUUGGAGCGGGAAAAUGGUGGUGCUGUUCAGACCGGAGCUGGGGAAGUUCCCUUUCCGACGAGCGCAGCACAUUCCCAAAGCCGGUGCUCGAAUAGAGUUGUUUCUCGAAAUCGACACUUUGCAGGUUUUUCUUUCUCUUUAAUUAAAAAUUGCAGUAACAAGUCCGUUUAUUCAUAUUCUUUCUAAUGUUCUUACUAGGUAGGUAGGUCGAAAGAGGUUUUGCACUUUCUUUUGAACUAUAAACUCAUUCCAUUCUUUUUUCCAAGUAUUAUCGGUAGCCGCAUAUCGGAGGAGAUAGGCCUUCGUCAGCAAAAUCCCUCAGAAAGUUCAGAAUUGGAAAAACAUGUUUUCAGAGAAUUGCUUGAAUUUACUUUAAAGGUGGUGGAAAUCGUUUCGGAUCGACAUGUCCUGGACAAAGUUGUAGGGCUAUUGGAUCCUUCAGUUUGUGCCUUGCCUCUUGUGUUCACCAUUUUCCGGCUCAAAACUCGGGUAAUUUGGUUACAGUUUUUCCGUUCAACUCGAGAGUUAUGUGCUUGUGAAUGGACAAGAAAAUUUAAAUAAAAUCGGAGGGUAAAUCGAUUUUGCGGUGAAAGAACUAUGGAAUCAUAUCAGAAUUUGAGCCAGUAAAAUGUUUGAUGGAAGGUGUUGGGCGACCUUCCAGAAGCCUUCCGGAAACCUUCCAGCAGGGUUCCGGAAGGUGAAUAGAAGGCGUUGGGAAGCUACUCGGAAGGCGUUUGACCCCUUGCUGGAAACCUUCCAAACCCCUUUCAAGGAACCGAAAGCAGAUCUUCCCAACUCCUUCCCAGAACCAUCCGAACACCUUCCCAGGCUCCGCCUGAGGCAGGGAUGUCAAUGUAAAGUUUUCUUUCCUUUUCAUGUGGUUUUCUUAUGAACUUAAUGAUCGUAAGCGUGUUUGCAGAUGAAUGAGGAAGAGCGAAUGGAGUACUUUCGAAUUUUGGAAUGUCUAGGAAAGGCUUAUGUCGUCGGUUUCGACUACGUGUCUUCCAGAGAUCAUUGCGCUUCUGCUUCUCUCGUUCGUCUCAUUUUGAUUCAUUCAAUUUGCUCAGUCAUUCUGAUAGCACCAAUAACUUCCAGAGAGUUACGGAUUGUCGUUUAAUGAAGAGUUGCAUUUCCAAGUCCCAUUUUUGGAAUUGGUUCACGUUCGCCGUAAACAAGCUUAAUUAGUUUACGUCAAAAAAACCUCCAAAUUAGCUGCUGCGGCAUUUUUAUUAUCAAAUAUAUGUAGGCUAUUUGCACAGAAUGAACCCAAGUUUUUGAGUUGGUGCCAAAAACGCAAUCGCGACCGUUUUGCACACACAAACUGCAAUCCUAGCCGUUUUUUUAAACGAGAAGAAUGGAUUAUACUUCCAAAAAAAUAACUUUAGAAAAAAACCUUCGAUUUGAGAUAUAAGCACUAGACUAUCAGAAAAAGGUCAUUUUUUUGCAUAGGCUUCAGACUAAAAAAAGAAGUAAUGCAUUUUUUUCUUUGUGGUCAGUUUUUUUCAAUAUAAUAAAGUUCAAUCAUUUUUUUAGCUCGUAAGAAUGUUCAAAAACCGAAAAAAAAUACUUUAUGAAAGAUCAGAAAGUACAUUGACAGUCAAAUCUUGUCAACUCAAGUUGAUUUUAGUUAUGAGUCUAAAAUAAAGAAUUUCUUUCGGUCUUAUUCAUCUACGUUUCCAAAAAUGUAAGAAUCGAAUUCUUCUCUUAUUGAUUUUAGUUAGUUGAUCAACGAUAAGGUGUUCAGGUUGCACCCGUGAAGUUUUACUACCAGCCAGGGAUCGACCAGCUCUUCUGCGAAGAUGCAGCUUGCCGCGGCAUGUGCGGCGUCCCUUGCAAAGUGAAGUGUCGUCUGGAGCCUAGAUAUCUGUAUUUCAGAGUUCUCAUCAAGACGAUGUUUGCAUACCGACGGACGCUGCCGAUGACGACUAUUCUACCCUCGAAACAGAAGAGGGAGAAACAGAGUAUGAAAUUUACUCGAUUUAA